CCCUAAUCGAAGAAACUCGAUCCAGAGAGGCCAGAUAGGAUGACCCAACGUAUAAAGAAAAUAUCAGGCCCUCUUAUAACCUCACAGUUUCUUUGAUCUUUAACUACCUAUCUAUUAUCUACAUCCUGGCCUACUAGGAGAGAGAGCAUAGGUAACUUCGAAAUCAUUCGAAUAUAUCUAACCACCCCGAACCAUCCGGAAAUUUUAACUCGUCGUCAAUAUGUUUGGUAGUAAGCCAGUCCUUGCCAUCAUUCUACUAGCUGCUACCGCGGUUUGGUCCGAAGUUUCGCCAGACGAGACCUGCGGCACGACAAAAGCCGGCAACAGUAAGGGUUACACGUGUCCCAGCGCGAAGAAGUGCUGUUCCGCCAGCGGCUACUGCGGCGCGACGGACGAAUAUUGCCUUACGACUGUAGGAUGUCAGGACAAGUUUUCAAACGCAACCAGCGCCUGCAUUAAACCCGUCGAUGGCAAAACCAUCUCUCCAGACGGUACAUGCGGAUCCGAAGGCGUCGGUCAGUACGGCUACCGAUGUCCAGCUGAAGGCGGCACUUGCUGCUCUGUGUCAGGUUACUGUGGAAACACGACUGACCAUUGUCUCACCGCGAACGGCUGCCAAUCGACUUACGGGAAGUGUCAAUGACUGGUGGCCGUCCGAGCCCGAUCUCUUCGGAGCUUACACGUUACGCUAUAACGGAGUUUAUGAAAGUACAUAGGAUAAAAAAAUCGAAGAGAAAAGAAGAUAAAAAAGAGAUUAAGGGGG